GUUGUGAAAAUGAAUGACUGGGCGGCCCCCAUCAUAGCUGCAGCACUGUUUGCGUUUCUAGCACCAGGAUUGCUGUUUCAGAUGCCUGGAAAUGAGUCCCCUAUUGGUUUCAUGAACAUGAAGACCAAUGUAAUCUCCAUCUUACUGCACAUGCUGCUGUAUGGUUUGUUCCUCAUUCUGCUUCUUAUCAUACUAGACAUACAUAUCUAUGCUUAAUUACCACCCAAAUUUCAAUUUCUGUCUACUUCCAUAUCUCAACUAUGCUUUCUUCUUCUUGUUUCCCUUUCAUCAGCCUCAGGCAGCCUGCCUACUUGAUUAUAAACUAAAUAAAUCAAGGUUUAAACAAACAUGUUCUCUCUUCUUUUCUUUUUUUAAUAUAUAACAAGCAUUGAUGUUGUUGUAUCUAC